UCUCAAUAUUUAUAAGCACAGAGCAAACGUUUAGAACCGAUCAAAAUUUUUCCGUUAAAAAAAGAAUUUAGAAACAAGAAAACACACCAUUAUGCUUUCAACAAAGCGAGGUCGUGCCAAAUCGAUGGCCAAAAAAAAGGUCUCCGCUAAGAAAGUUCCCAAAACUGAUCCGCAGCAGCAGCGUUUCUUGAAGACUCGGUUCAGGGCCAACAAGCCCAUCUCGAAACCAUCUUCCGUGCCACCGAACCAGAGGAUCUGGCGCAGGACAGUGGUUCAGACGAAGCCCAAGAUACAAAAGAGGAUUCCCAAGCUAUUUCGCAUGGAUCGGCAUACGGGACUUCCUGUGGAUUACGAAAGGACAGUUCAGCGGGUUAUGCACUAUGUGAAUCCUCAUUUGGCUAGUAGACCUAGUGCCGAACAGGUUCUGGAGGAGCUGCUGGCCAAAAUGUUGGCCGAGAUUGUGCGUCAUGGUGGUCAUCAGAGCACCCAACUUAGGUCCUUGCUCAAGGAUCACUGCAAUUGCCGUAGGAGGGAUAUGGUCCUUAGUAAAUCCGAGAAAAGCAGACGCGAAGCAAACGAGAGCUUGGAUCAAUUUCACAGCGCCUGCAAACGGGGACCCUGCCGAUUGCCCAGUCCCAAACUCGGUCCCACCUACAUGAGCAAAUUCAACUUCAACCAACUGAAGAUCAAAAGCAACUAAAUUACGGAUGGAAAGCGACCUGUUGAUAAUGUCCCAAGAUGUCUCGUUUCGGUAUAUCAAAUUGAAAAUAUUGCGAAGAGUUUCUGGCGAGAAUUUUAAUGGAUCCAUAGAAGAUACCUAAUAAAUUAUUUUGCACUUUUAAA